AUGCUUGGACCGGCUGGAAGCUUCAAAACGUGUUAUCCGGCGUUGUUAGAACGAAGUGAAAUGUUGCAACCAGAGGACAACAUUCUGCAGGUGGAAACCAUAGUGGCUAAGUGUUGCUUUUACAGAAAACAGGUAGAGGGGGCCGAAGUGAGCAAGACCCCAUCAAGUCCUUCGGGUGGGCGCAAACGGCUGGCUGUUCAGGACGAGCUAGUGAAGAUGCUUGACGAAGCCAAUUGUCUUUACUGGGCAACGAGCCUAAUGACUUUAGUGUAUAAUUUCAUUGACGACAAACUAAUUUGCAGGCCCCUCGUCUAUUCUCCCCCAAUUAUUCCUCGCCUCUGUAUUGUCCACACUGCUUUAGCCAUCCCCCAAGAUACCAGAGAGUCACACAAUGCCGUGUAUCUUCUGGAAGAAAGGAUUAGCGGCCAGUUUGUCAAGUAUAUCAACAACAACUGUGCAACUCCUCGCCAUAGCCUUGCCCCAGCCAAACUGGAGAUCGCAACAUUCCUGUGUUUUGCACAACACGCACAGUAUCAUUUCUCGCAAGGUCUUGUCUUUGUUUCAGAUUUUCAAGGUAUGUUAUUUUGUCUCUUUCUAUCUCUUACUUAG